AUGUCCGAAUCGCCGCCACCCCCACCCUCUUGGAGCAUCACCUCCAUGGCCAACAGCGCCGUGCAAUUUCUCCGACUCCCCGUAUUGGCUUCAUCCGGUCUUGCCGUCGUCGCCAGUGGGCUCCUAUACUUCAAGCAGAAUGAACUGAUCUAUCCGCGCAAUGUCCCCGUCGAUGCUCGUACCAACGUCCCCCAGCCGCGGCAGUUCGGCAUCACCGACUACGAAGACCUCCACAUCCCCACGCCGGACGGGGAGUCGUUACAUGCGCUUUUUAUCCGUCCGUCCAACCGACGCCCCGGUCGUGAUCUCACCGUCUUGAUGUUCCAUGGGAAUGCCGGGAACAUCGGCCACCGUAUUCCCAUCGCCAAGAUCCUGCAGGAGGUGCUCGGGUGCAAUGUGCUCAUGCUGGAAUACCGCGGUUAUGGACUGUCGACCGGUGUCCCCGACGAGAACGGCCUGAAGAUCGAUGCGCAGACUGGCCUGGACUACCUCCGACAGCGUGCGGAGACGAAAAACAGCAAGAUCGUCAUCUACGGACAGAGCAUCGGCGGCGCGGUUGCGAUCCACCUGGUUGCCACGAAUCAAGACAAGGGUGACAUUCGAGGCUUGAUCCUGGAGAAUACGUUCCUGAGCAUUCGCAAACUCAUUCCGACUGUGUUCCCUCCCGCGCGGUACCUAGCCCGCUUCUGUCACCAAUACUGGGCCAGCGAGGAGGUCUUGCCCAAGAUCACCGACAUCCCAAUCCUCUUCCUCAGUGGGUUGAAGGACGAAAUUGUGCCCCCAUCCAACAUGACCCAGCUGUAUGCCAUCUGCAAGUCACGUCGCAAGGUGUGGCGCACGCUUCCGAACGGCGCACACAACGACAGCGUGGCCGAGCCCGGCUACUUUGAGCAUAUCCACUCUUUCGUCAUGGAGGAGGUGCUUGAUGACUGA